GUCGCGCGGCGUGAUACGCUCCACUGAGCGUUCUAAUCACCGGAAUGGGAUAGACUCGUCCAGAUAACGUUCCAAAACUCUUAUUGGCUGGGCGCCAGAGGUAGCCAUCAAGCAACACAAAGUUCAUUUUCCCCUGGGAGACGUCGGCCGAGGAGGUAGUUCUGCUGGAGUAAGAGACCCUUACGUUGUUUUCCAACGCCAAGCCUUCGCGCCCCUGGGUGUCGUAAUGGAACAGCCCACACCUGACUAAGCCAGGAACAUAGCGGCUUAUCUGUCUCCUCCAUGACCUGGCUCAGUACAGCAGACCCUGACUAGCCCCGGGGCGGUACGGCUGACGACAGGCACUGAAAGUGCGGACCUGGAGUUGGUAGCUGUUUGGACAUCGCUAGAGUACCAGCGUAGUGACUCCUACAGGGGUCCUACAGGAUGGGGAAUCUCCACCCAGAAGAAGAGAAGACACCGCUGGAUGUCACUGAUGUAGACGACCCGCAGGACAAGGACUUUAGAAACUAUGACUUCCCGUUCGAGAACCUGGUUAUAGAGGGUGGUGGGGCCAGAGGAGUGGCUUAUGUUGGAGCUCUGCGGGUCCUGGAGUCUGCCGGAAUCCUCCAGAACAUCAAAAGAGUUGCCGGUGUGAGUGCGGGAGCCAUCACUGCGACGUUCGUGGCGCUGGGACUCAGCUGUGCGGAUGUGGCAGAGCAGGCUGAGGUGGAUCUGGGCAAGAUCCUCAUCUCCGGAGGCUACCUACAGACCCUGGUCAAACCCGUCAAUCUGUACAGGAGGUAUGGCUGGGAAACUGGAGACGGGUUCUACACGUUCUUUGGAAGCAUCCUGGAGAAGUUCACACGCAAGGAUGGCCGCCCCGGGAACCCAGAUAUCACCUUCAAGCAGCUGUACAAGAUGAGUGGGAUAGAACUCUGCAUUGUGGUGACGAACUUGGACCAGAUGACAGAAGAAUACUGCCACGUCAAGACCACCCCGAACCUCCCCAUCCGCAAGGCUGUCAGGAUGUCCAUGUCCAUUCCAGGACUGUUCCAGCCAGUGUUGACUGACUACCAUGGAAACAAGGAGUUCUACGUUGACGGGGGUGUGGUCUGUAACUACCCACUUCACUCCUUCGAUGGUUGGUGGCUCUCCAUGGGGGAAGAAGAUUCGUUCUUCCACAGACUGGAUGACCUGGCCCACCUCAGUCGGAGCUUCCACCGUUCUAACCGCUUCGAGCCUGUCAACCCGAAAACGAUCGGACUCAUGUUGUAUUCCGAAGACGACACUGAGCAGUACCAGCAAGUUCUCUGUGAUCGUCUGACGCAGGAGGAAAGACUGUAUGAGAAGAAGAGGCCUGACACUGAGGCAGCAAGGGCGUACCAAGACAAGAAGACUGUUGAAACAGUCGAGGCCAUGGAGAACAGGAAGAAAAUCCGGGGCCUCAUCGACAAGUUUCUGACCAGUCUAAAGGGCCAAAACAAAGACCACACAUCGACUGUUAGUAGGGAGGAGCUGCACAGGGCUUUUGCAGAGGCAGGAAACAACUCUCUGACUGAUAAAGAAAAGGAGAAGCUCUUUGGGGAAGCAUACUCCGUAGACCAACUCUUCGAUCAAAUGGACGCUAACAAAGAUGGGGAGGUCUGUGAUGUUCAAAUUAGAUUUUUCAUACAUACAUAUUUCUCACAUUUUUGUUGCAUAUGUACAUUGCAACCAGAGAAAACUUCAAGCUUUAACCAAAGUUUGUACGAAUUUCUGAGAUAUGAGAUCUGUCUAUUUCUAGCAACUGGCUUUUUAAUAUUAUUCAUCCGAAAAUAGUUUCAUCAGGUUGGU